AUGAGUGUUGUUCCUUUUGACAAGGAAAUUGUUGAUUAUUAUGAGAAAAUUAUUAUCGAUGAGAAAGAGAAAGCCGAAAGUUAUCAGUUACCAACUAAUGCCCAUGCGUACUUGCCAGAAUCUGAUGAUCCUCCUGAAGAUUAUGGUACGUUCGAUUUCAUAAUAGCAGGAUCCGGUUCGACAGGAUCUGUGGUAGCUAGGCGUUUGUCAGAAAUAAGCGAAUGGAAUAUCCUCGUUUUGGAAGCUGGUGAAUUCGGUAACAAUUUUACUGAUAUUCCGAGAAUGGGCUACGACGUCAAUAUGCUCAGUGAUUUUAACUGGGGAUACUACUCUGUGCCGCAAAAUACUACCUGUCUAGGAAUGACAGAAGAGCGUUGCGCCUAUCCCCGAGGCAGGGGAGUCGGUGGAACCUCCCUCCUCAACGCCCUGAUCUAUGCACGCGGUAACAAAAUGGACUACGAUGUAUGGUGCAACCAAAGCAACCCCGGUUGGUGCUACGAAGACGUGCUACCGUAUUUCAAGAAAUCGGAAGACUUCAACAAAAACGAUCCCGAAGCGGUGACAGACAUGACUUACCACGGUGUAGGCGGUCCCCUCCAUGUCAGCUUUCCCAUGCCAAGGUCCGAACUGUGCAAGGUGUUCUACGAGGCCAACAAGGAGUUAGGUUUCAAUCACAUUGAUUACAACGAACCCCAACCCAGAGGCACGAGUUCUAACCAGGUUAACGUGAAAGACGGAAAGAGGCAAGACAGUGGCACCGCCUUCGUGAAGCCUGUAUUGGAUAGAUCCAAUCUGGUGGUGCUGACUAAGAGCUUCGCCAUGAAGAUAAUCAUCAACGAGUCGAAGGCGGCGGAAGGGGUGAUAUUCAGUUAUGAGGGAAAGGCAUACAAAGCUUUUGCUUCCAAGGAAGUUAUAGUGUCCGGAGGCACAAUCAACUCGCCGCAGCUACUGAUGGUUUCUGGAAUUGGUCCAUCUGAACACCUCAGUGAACUUGGUAUUUCUGUAAUUCAAGAUUUGGAGGUAGGAAGCGCCUUAUCCGACCACACCCUAAUAUACGGAAUAACCUUCUCAAGCAAUCUCACCGAACCAACACAGACGUUAAGAGAACAAAUAGAAGAUUACCUGGAUGGUGUCGGAUUCCUAAGCCAAGCCUUAAACCAACAAGCUCUCGGCUACUACCAAACUGAUUUAGAGGAAAUUCCAAACUAUCAAGACCUAGAGAUAAAUUUCUACUUUUCUAACGUGACUAGCCCCGCAUUAAAAACGAUACAACGAUGGAAAGCAAACAUCUCUGAGGCCACCAAAGGUGUCAACAACACAGGAUCUUUCACUAUGUACCCCGCCUUGUUACACACGAAAUCCAUAGGAACCAUUAGAUUACAAAGCGCUUCUCCUUUCGACUACCCAUUGAUAAACCCCAACUGUCUCUCCGAUCCGGAAAACAGAGACCUAGAAACGGCAUACAAAGCAAUCCUUUUAAUUUUGAAUCUGACUGAAACCGAGCCGUUUAGAAAGAUAGAUGCCAAAUUAGAACUUAAACCCAUAGAAGUUUGUUUGGACGAUUUUGAAUACAUGUCAAAGGACUACUGGUACUGCGCUUUAAAGUAUAUAAGUGGCCAUAGCAAUCACCCCGUAGGCACUUGUAGGAUGGGACCCGAUCCUAGUCAAGGAGACGUCGUAGACGCCAAACUAAAGGUUCAUGGUAUCGAUAAUUUGAGAGUGGCUGACGCGAGUGUUAUACCACUGUCUACGUCUUCGCAUGUUAAUGUUAUCUGCUACCUGAUCGGCGAAAUAGCGGCGGAUUUGAUUAAAACUGAAUAUGAUUUUGGUACGUUUGAUUUUAUAAUAGCAGGGGCCGGUUCGACAGGAUCUUUGAUAGCCAGACGCUUGUCGGAAGUAAAACGGUGGAAUAUACUAGUUUUGGAGGCUGGCGAAUUUGGUAAUGAAGUUACUGACAUACCGCGAUUGGGCUACGACGUCGCUAUGCUUAGUGACUAUAACUGGGGAUACUACUCUGUGCCGCAAAAGACGUCUUGCUUAGGGAUGAAAGAGGAGCGUUGCCCCUAUCCCAGGGGCAGGGGCGUAGGUGGAACCUCCCUCCUCAACGGCCUGACGUACGCACGCGGUAACAAAAUCGACUAUGACAUUUGGUGCGCUCAAGGCAACCCCGGUUGGUGCUACAAAGACGUGCUGCCGUAUUUCAAAAAAUCGGAAAACUUCCAAAAAAACGACCCACACGCGGUGGUCGUCAUGGCUUUCCAUGGAGUAGGUGGGCCUCUUCAUGUUAAUUUUCCUUUGCCGAGGGCUGAACAGUGCAAGGUAUUCUUCAAGGCCAACGAAGAACUAGGACACCAUCAGAUCGAGUACAACGGACUCAAUGCCACGGGCGUCAGUCCUUAUCAGGUCAACGUGAAGCACGGGAAGAGGCAAGACAGUGGUACUGCUUUCUUGAAACCAGUGCUGGAUAGAUCCAACCUGGUGGUGCUGACUAAGAGCUUCGUCAUGAAAAUAGUAAUCAAUGAAUUGAAGAUGGCGGAAGGGGUUAUCUUCAGUUAUAAGGGAAGGGCGUACAAAGCCUUUGCUUCCAAGGAGGUUAUAGUGUCGCAGGGUUCAAUUAGCUCGCCGCAGCUGUUGAUGCUUUCUGGAAUUGGUCCAGCCGGACACCUCAAGGAACUUGGUAUUCCUGUAGUCCAAAAUUUGGAGGUAGGAAGCGCCCUAUCCGACCACGUCCAAAUAAAUGGAUUGACCUUCUCGAGCAACCUCAGCGAGCCAGUCCAGACUUUAAGGGAACAAAUUAAAGAUUACAUGGCUGGUGUUGGACUUUUGAGCCAAACCUUAAACCAACAAGCCCUCGGAUACUACCAAACUUAUGUUGAGAUCAUCCCAAACUACCAAGACCUGGAGAUAGGUUUUUAUUUUUCUAACGCUACGUCUUACUCCUUGAAGAAAGCGCAACGUUGGAAAGAAAGCGUCUCUAAGACAUUCGAUGGUGUUGACAGCUCAAGCUCUUUCACCAUGUACCCCUCCCUUUUACACUUAAAAUCGACUGGUACCCUUAGAUUGAAAACCGCCUGUCCCUUCGACUACCCACUGAUAGACCCUAAAUGCCUUUCCGAUCCCGACGGUAAAGAUCUAGAAACGGCUUAUCAGGCAGUACAAUUCGCUCUGAGACUAAUAGAAACCAAGGCGUUCAGAAAUAUAAACGCCAAAUUAGAGACCAAACCUAUAGAAACCUGUUCGGACAAAUACAAGUUCAAGUCAAAAGACUACUGGUACUGCGCCUUAAGAUAUAUAAGCAGUCAUAACAACCAUCCCGUAGGCACCUGUAGGAUGGGACCCAAUCCUAGCCAAGGAGAUGUUGUAGAUGCUCAACUAAGGGUUUAUGGUGUCGGCAAGUUGAGAGUGGCUGACGCAAGCGUUAUACCACUAUCUACGUCGUCGCAUCUCAAUGCUGUCUGCUACAUGAUCGCAGAAAAGCUAGCGGAUCUGCUUAAAUUUGAAUAUGGAGUGCUAUAAUUUUC